CACUACAAUAAGUUACUAGCUACUUCCCAUAUAGAGUGGUGAAAAUAUAAUGAUCACCUACGUACUAGAAAAUGGCAUGUGCUGCCUCUGAAGUCUCUCUCUAUAUAUUCUUGUUGAUUUGUAACUAACCAGUGUGAUUGAAAGAUGGAAGCUGUAUUCGGGAUGGCUCUAGCCACCAUUAUUUUGACAAGCAUGGCAGCCAUGGCGGCAUCAGCAGCAUCUCCAACCACUUUUGUGUUCGGUGAUUCAUUAACAGAUGUCGGAAACAACAAUUUUUUGCAGUAUUCUCUUGCAAAGUCGAAUUAUCCUUGGUAUGGGGUCGAUUAUGAAGGUGGUCAGGCUACUGGAAGAUUCACAAAUGGAAGAACUGUUGGUGAUAUAAUAUCUGCGAAGCUUGGGAUUUCAUCACCGCCGCCUUACCUCUCGUUGUCAAUGAAUGAUGAUGCACUCCUUAAGGGGGUCAACUAUGCAUCUGGUGGAGCAGGAAUACUAAAUGACACCGGACUCUAUUUUAUUGAGAGAUUGUCCUUCGACGAUCAAGUACAAAGUUUCAACAAGACAAGGGAAGCCAUCAAGGCUAAGAUUGGGAGUGAAGCUGCAACCAAGCUCUUGACUGAAGCUCUCUAUUUCAUUGGAAUUGGCAGCAAUGAUUAUGUCAACAAUUUCUUGCAACCCUUUUUACCCGAUGGUCAAGAGUACACUCAUGAUGACUUUGUGGGACUGUUAAUAGGCACCUUAGGGCAACAAUUUCAGACGCUCUACCAGCUGGAUGCGCGAAAGAUGAUAUUUCACGGUCUUGGUCCUCUCGGCUGCAUUCCUUCUCAGAGGGUUAAAUCAAAGAAAGGCCAAUGCUUGAAGGAAGUCAACCUGUGGGUGCUGGACUUCAACUCUAAAGUGGAGAAGCUCAUUGCCUCUCUUAACAGACGCCUCCCGAGAGCAGAUUUAACAUUUGCAGAUACAUAUUCAGAUGUUCUCGACUUAAUCAGCAACCCUACUGCAUAUGGGUUUAAGGUUUCCAAUACGUCAUGUUGCAAGGUAGACACACGGAUUGGAGGGCUAUGCUUACCGAAUUCAAAACUAUGCAAGAACCGCAAAGAUUAUGUAUUCUGGGAUGCAUUCCACCCCUCAGAUGCAGCGAAUGUAGUUCUUGCUGACAAACUCUUCUCGAGACUAUUUCCUAAAGCUUCCUCUCCUGCACCAACACUUUCUCACUAA